CGUUCAUCCAAUCUUAUCUAUUUACAUCCAAAUAUUGUUCAAACUUCAGUCAGGUACGCUGAAUUUGAAUUUCUAGUAUUAGUUUGGUUUGCAAUUGGAAAUUCAACAUUUAACCGAGACACUCUGUUGUUUAAUUGGUAUUUUAAAAGCGGAACUAUAAACGUGAACAAAUAAUACAGCAAUUAUUAUAAGGUUCUUAAAAUGUACCAUACGUAAACAAGCUUUCAAUUGUGACGAGUAAAAAAUCACAGGUGUGAUACUUAACAAUAACACAGACGGAAUUAAAAAUAUUCGGAAACUUAUAAUAUUCCGUACUAUGGGGCUGGAAGAAGGCUCAACGAAAAAGCACACUGGGUUCUGCGAAAGCGGCAAGUGUUCGGUGGUCAUUUUCGUGCUAGUUGCGAUCGGGAUUGCUGUGGUUGCCUGCGUGACCUUCCUGUUCCCGGCGGUGCGGACCACGGUUCCGCCGACCGAAACGCCAACGACAACGUUGACGUGGUGGCAGACGACGAUCAUAUACCAAGUGUAUCCGCGCUCGUUUAGGGAUAGCAACGGUGACGGAGUCGGCGAUCUCAAAGGUGUGAUUGAAAAGCUGUCCUAUUUCAACGAUCUGGGAGUCGGCGCCGUGUGGUUGAGUCCAUUUUUUACGUCACCGAUGCGGGAUUUCGGAUAUGACGUCUCAAACUACACAGAGGUGGACAAAAUAUUCGGAAACAUGGCGGAUUUCGACGAACUGAUUAGAACAGCACACGAAAAAGACAUUAAGAUAAUAAUCGAUUUCGUGCCGAACCACACGAGCAACGAGAGCACGUGGUUCAAAGACAGCCGGAACUCGAUGGACCAAUACAAAGAUUUCUAUAUUUGGAAUGCUGGAAAAACCCUCCCCAACGGGACACACGUGGCGCCCAAUAAAUGGAUCAGUGUAUUCGAGGGGUCUUCAUGGACGUGGGAUGACGUCAGAAAGGAAUACUACUACCACGCUUUUCUCGACUCUCAGCCCGACCUGAACUACCGCAACCCGGCCGUGCGCGCCGCCAUGAAGGAUGUAUUGAGGUUUUGGCUGAAUAAAGGAGUUGACGGGUUCCGUAUCGACGCCAUUCCACACUUGUUUGAACAUGUGGACCUGUCUUUAGAAGAGAGACCUGGGAUGAGCGACGCCUUUGACCCCGACCGUUAUAAGUACACGAAGAACCAGCCGGAGAUUUUCGACGUGGUCCGCGAGUGGAGGGAAGUGUUGAACCAGUACGAAGGAGAACGGUUUCUUGUGGCCGAGACCGUCGGAAUUCCCCAGGAAGAAAGGCAAAAGUACUACGAAGCUGGAAGCGUCCCGUUCUUCUUUGACCUAAUCCCGGUUGCCCGUGGAUCACGUGGUUGUCCGAACACGCUCGCCCAGUGCUACUUGACCCGCAUUAUUGAUGGAAUGAACCUGAAAGGCGCACAGUGGCCUAAUUUUGUGAUUGGUAACCAUGACAACCGACGUAUCGCAGAUCGCAUAGGUCAAGAAUACGCAGACGCGAUGAACAUGAUGUUGCUGACACUACCAGGAACGCCCACCUCGUACUAUGGGGAGGAACUUGGCAUGCGCGGCGGAAACUACACCGGAUUUCAACCGAAAGACCCUUUCGCGAUCACGUCGAAUAAUCCAAACAACUCUCGGGACUCGGAACGUAAUCCCAUGCAGUGGUCUAACACCGUGAACGCAGGCUUCAUGGACGGGACAGGGGAGCCUUGGCUUAAGAUCACCGCAAACACGGAGUACCCACGCGUUAACGUCGAGGAGGAGGGUAAGGUUAAUGGUUCGAGCCUUCAGCUGUACAAGGAGCUUGCCCAGUUGCGGGCGAGACCAGGCUUCCGAAGUACUCACAUUGAACACCCAGAAAUAUUCGGGGAAGUAUUAACAUACAUCCGAGGCGUGGACGUUGAUAAAUACUUGGUGGCGCUAAAUCUUGGUCUCGUUGGUUUUCGUCUAGACAUCACACAGAUAGGCUACAGUCAAGGCACUGUAGUGUUCGCAACCAACUUCUCACGCAAGAACACAAUUAUCCAACUUGCUAGUUUCCACCUGCAACGGGGCGAAGGACUCGUGAUCAAGUUGUGAAAUGUGACAAAACACAUGGCCGGCUUUUUGGAAAGCUCAUGUGGGAAUCGCUACUAAAAACAAUAUUUUUUGUUCGUUUGUUUGAAAUUGUUGUUAAACUGUAAACAACAUUUACCUGUAUAUCGCAACAAGUUUAAACCAUAAUCUUAAACAACUUUUUGUGAAUCUUGCGGACAUUUUAUUUCCUAACUUUACCCCAAGAGCUUUUUUAAAAGAAGGCGUUCAAUGUAUUUGAAAGCGUCGAUUCAUUGUGUAGUCCGCACAUAAUUGUGUAGUCCUUGUAUUGUUGUGUAGUCCGCGCAUAAUUGUUUAAUCCGCUUAUUACUGUGUUGUCGGCGGAUGCGUGAGUAGUCCGUGCAUAGUGUUGUAGUCCGAGUAUCAGUGUGUAGUACAUGCAUAAUUUUGUAGUACAUGUAUCAUUUUGCAAUCCGCGUAUAUUUGUGUAGUCGGUUCAUAAUUGUGUAUCCGCGAAUCAUUGUGUAAUCUAAGCGUCAUUCUGUAAUCUGUGCGUCAUUGUGUAAUCCGUGCGUCAUUGUAUAGUCCGCACAUUAUUGUGUACUUUGGAGUGAACAUAUUCGAUGUCCAAAAAUAUAAAAAGUAAAUAAUAUAAGUUUAUAUGCUUGCUUGCCAAUUCGUGGCUAAGGUUUGUGUUAAAUGUAUGCAAGUAUAUCCUUAUGCAAAUACAAUUUGUUUAAACUUUAAACUAACAUGUGCAAUUGUUAAGAAUGUGUUAUUGAUAGGGAUCUGUCGCGAUUUCCGCCUUUUAACGCGUCCUUGCAUUAAGUGGAAGUAUGCUUAUGAUGAAAAAAUAUUGUCACACAUAUAUUUUCGUGCACAUCGGUACAUCACACGCUAGAUAAGAUGAGAAUGUUCUUUUUCUACAGGUAUGGUCUAAUAUGUAUACUGUCUGAUUUGUUCCGAGUAAAUGAUACUAUCAUAUUAUGUUAUUGGUGACUUGAUGUAAUAAAUCAACCAUAAUAUA